AUGAAGGCAACAACAGUGAACACAUCGCUAACACCUAUAUCAGCUCCUGGAAGCUCCCGAGUCUCUCGUCCGUUUGUAAACGAGAUAACCAACAUCGUGCACGAGGCUAACCUAAGAGGCACGGCAAAUGGUUACCAUGCGGGAUGUUUUUACUAUGCUGGCCAGUCGUUCGGUCAUAAAGGCAAGACUUGCCCAUCGCCUGAGUCUUUCAGGGCUGUGGAGUUCUCGUUCGAGACAACGUCGUCUUAUGACUUGAGACGACCAAAGAAGAUGGAGGAGGUAAUUGCGAGAAAGAUUGGUAUUAUUUGGGGCUUUCUGCCAUAUGAAAUUUGUCUCAUGAUUGCCCCGUAUCUAGUUCGGGAAUAUUCUACCGGCAGACUUCACGCGCAAUGGCCUAGCAGUCGCCGGGUUGUAAGUGCCAAUCAGCAAUUGGAGACCUCGAGGACGAUCUGGGCUCGGUAUAUUGAUAUUGGGGGUGUUGAGUAUGUCUAUGAUCUGUCGAACAAGAAAGAGGAGCAUCAUCGCAAAGUGUUUGAUCCCGCCACGACGUCUAAUGCUGAUGCUCUGCACGUGUUGGAAGAUUAUCUUGGGGUUAGAAAUUUGGUGGUUCCUAACUCCAAAGAGAAGCAAUUGCAAUCAUCAUCAACAUCUAUACAUGCAGAAGAAGGGGCAUGGUGGAGGGUUUUAUCGCCAUUCCCUCCGACACUGGCGAUAGAGUAUGAUGUAUGGUGUUUAUUCCUCCAGUCUACUGUUAAACUAAGACUAUGCUGA